CAGCUUUAUGAACUCAGUGAGGACCCAAAACGACGAGAAUUUCUCGAUGAUUUAUUCAGCUUUAUGCAGAAAAGAGGAACACCCGUGAACAGAAUACCAAUCAUGGCGAAACAAACUUUAGAUAUAUAUGAAUUAUUUAGACUGGUUGUAUCUAAAGGUGGUCUUGUAGAAGUUAUUAAUAAGAAAUUAUGGAGAGAAAUAACGAAAGGUUUAAAUUUACCAUCAUCUAUCACAAGUGCUGCAUUUACAUUAAGAACACAAUAUAUGAAGUAUUUAUAUCCAUAUGAGUGCGAAAAGUUAAAGCUAAGUUCACCAACAGAAUUGCAAGCUGCUAUUGAUGGGAACAGACGAGAAGGUAGAAGAUCACAUUAUGGU